AUGUUCAGCAAUUUAACAACUAUUUUUAACGAAGAAAAAUUCGAAUAUAGCGCAUGUGAUUUACUUGAAUGUGAUGAAGAAGAACAAACGAAAGUUCAACUUUAUUGUGAUGUUAAUGUUGUUCAUGUUACUCCAUCUAGUAUAAAAGUUAUGCGACGUGAGCGGACUGAAGGUCAUCGUGCUCUACGUCACCGUAUGUUUACUGAUGCUGAUGAGUUUUGUUUAGUGUAUUUUAAACCCGAACCAGAUAAAAAAUAUAUUAAUAAGGAUGACAGUUACAAGACUGUUUUGAAAUCGGGUAUUCUUAUAUGUAAUAUUCAAAUCGAUCAAAAACGAACACAAUUAGGUGAUUUUAGUCAUAUUAAGAAUGUUGAAAAAUCUGUUGCACGAGUAGGUCUUUGGAUUUCAAAGACUAUUCCAACAGGAAUUACACUCAAUUAUACUGUAAAUGAUUUCGAUCGACAAGUUCAAAAUGGCAACUAUUGUGUUACAAAAAUCAAUGGUAUUGAACGUAAUGGUUAUUGUUUUACAGAUGGAAACGGAUUUAUAUCAAAAGGUUUAGCAAGACUUAUUGCAGAAAAACUUGGUUAUCGUAUUAAAACGAUGAAUCAAGAUAUAUAUCCGUCCGCUUAUCAAAUUCGACUUGCUGGUUGUAAAGGUCUUGUUGUUGUAGAACUGCAAUCGACAUUGGAUCAAUUUUAUAUUAAAAUUCGUGAAUCAAUGGAAAAAUUUAAAUUAAACGAAUGGAAUUUGGAAAUUUGUGAAGGUAGUCGAUCAAUUCCGACGAGACUCAAUAAUCAAAUUCUUUUAAUUAUGUCGGAUCUUGGUGUAUCCGACGAGACUUUUCUUAAUCUACAAGAUAAAUGGUUUCAAGAUAAAGAACGACCACCAAGCGCUGUCGAGGAUCUUUUGAAAAAUAAGUUACCAUUAUCAGUGAACGAAUGCCGAUAUAUGUUUGGUUGUGCAUUCGAAUCCGUACUUGGACCAGGACAAUGCUUUAUUCGAUAUCAAGUUGUCGACAAAGAUGGAAAACCAUUGAAAGAGCCUCAAUUUAAAACUGUUGUAGGACCAGUUAUUGUGACAAAGAAUCCAUGUCCUUAUGCCAGCUAUAUGCUUGUACUAGAAGCUGUCGAUUGUUCUGAACUGAAUUGUCUUGCUGAUGUGAUUGUAUUCUCGACUGAUGAUAAUCGACCUGAUUCAAAUAAAAUUUCUGGUUCCGAUCUAGAUGGUGAUCAUUAUUUUGUACGCCAACAUUUGCAAUUAUCUCGAAAAGUUGAACCACUUGAUUAUGCAUCAUUAGCAAAAACGACUUCUGUAGAUCCUAAACCUAAAACUUAUUAUAAUAUCAUCAAACAUUGUUAUUUAUUAUUGGGUGCAACAAAUUAUGGUGAAAUUUAUAAUCUACAUGCAACUGUUGUUGAUAAAAAUCUAGAAAAAUGUCCUCAACGUACAUGUCAAAAAGUUGCUAUUGAACUGGCAAACAUGUUUUCAAUAGCCAAUGAUGAAAUACGAAAGCCAUAUGGUUAUAUAUAUCCCGAUUUUCUAAUGAAAGAUCGUUCAUAUGAAUCCCAAACUAUUGCUGGUAAACUCUAUCGACGAGCUGUUGUAUAUAAAAAUGCAAAUCCUAAUCGUUUAUACAACUCAGACAUGGAUUUACGUGCGAAUUCAUCGAAUAAUGUAAAUAUGUUUUUAAAUCUUAUAAAAUUUCAGGAAUCAAAGGAAACUGAUUAA